AUGCUGCCUCGGCGACUUCGCAGGAGCCGCUGCUGUAUUGCCGUCCUCAGUGUUGUCGGCAUCAUCGUCCUGUUAAUGGCCGCCGGGGGCGUAUUCGGGAUCAAAAAGCUCAGAAUCACCCCUCUGGAUGGGAAAUCGCCGCCAUGGUAUCCUACGCCUAGGGGAGGCACCGUUCGCCAGUGGGCCGACAGCUACAAAAAAGCCGCUGACGUGGUGUCCAAGAUGACGCUGCCGGAAAAGGUCAACAUCACGACUGGCACGGGAUGGAGCAUGGGCCUCGCAGUGGGCAACACGGCGCCAGCAAUUCACGUUGGAUUCCCUGCACUGGCUCUGCAGGAUGGACCGCUGGGCAUUCGCUUUGCAGACAAUGCUACGGCUUUUCCGGCUGGUAUUACCGUUGGCGCAACAUGGAAUAGGCAGCUCAUGUAUGAGCGCGGCAAGGCUCACGCACUGGAAGCUCGUGGCAAAGGAAUCAAUGUGCUGUUGGGUCCUGCCAUUGGCCCCUUGGGGAGAAUGCCUGCUGGCGGGCGCAACUGGGAGGGCUUCGGCUCGGAUCCGUAUCUCCAGGGCGUUGCUGGCUCUCAGACCAUCAAGGGUAUCCAGGAUCAGGGCGUCAUGGCCACCAUCAAGCACUUUAUCGCCAACGAGCAAGAGCAUUUCCGCCAGGCGUGGGAAUGGGUGCUGCCGAAUGCCCUGUCGUCCAACAUCGAUGACCGCACCCUGCACGAGAUUUAUGCCUGGCCAUUUGGAGACGCCGUCAAGGCCGGUGUUGCUAGCGUCAUGUGCUCCUAUAACAUGGUGAACAAUUCAUACGCCUGUGGUAACUCGAAGCUGCUCAAUGGCAUUCUCAAGGACGAACUUGGAUUUCAGGGCUUCGUCAUGUCGGACUGGCUGGCACAGCGAUCAGGCGUGGGUAGUGCCCUGGCUGGAUUAGAUAUGAGCAUGCCAGGAGAUGGCCUGCGUUGGCAGGAUGGCAAUUCUCUCUGGGGACCCAAUCUCUCCCGCGCUGUCCUGAACGGUUCGCUGCCCCUUGAACGACUCAACGACAUGGUUGUUCGAAUAGUCGCAUCGUGGUAUCAGCUUGGGCAAGAUGAUGAAUCUCUGUUCGAUAGGAAAGGACCCAACUUUUCUUCGUGGACAAAUGAGAAGAUGGGUGUCACAUCGCCCGCUAGUCCAUCGCCUCAAGAUAAGAUUGAAGUUAACAAAUUUGUCAACGUGCAGGCCAAUCAUUCGAUACUGUCUCGCCAGGUGGCCACGGAAGGGACCGUUCUGCUUAAGAAUGAAGGCGUUCUCCCCCUUAGCCUUGAUGGGGAACUGGGCGAAAACGACCAAAAGUCAACCAAGAGAGAUGGUAAAGUAAGGAUAGGCAUUUUUGGAGAAGAUGCUGGUCCUGGCAAUGGUCCGAAUUAUUGCGAAGACAGAUCGUGCAAUCAAGGCACUCUGGGAUCUGGCUGGGGAAGCGGUGCGGUCGAGUUUCCUUACUUGAUAUCUCCUGUCGAGGCUCUCCGAGGCAAAUUUAACAAGGAAAAGGUCCAGUUCACGGAGCAUCUAAAGAAUGAUAAACCAGCAGCAGAUCUCGUCAAGAAUCAAGAUAUAUGCUUGGUCUUCAUCAACUCCGACUCGGGCGAAGGAUAUCGUAACUGGGAUGGGGUUCGUGGUGACCGCAACGACCUCCUGGCGCAAAAGGGAGGCGAAAAGCUUGUCACUGAAGUUGCGGCCAACUGCGGCGAUGGUUCAGGCACGACGAUUGUCAUUAUUCACUCUGUCGGACCCGUGUCUGUAGAUGGAUGGAUUGACAUUCCCAGCGUCAAGGCGCUCAUUUCUGCCAACCUACCCGCACAAGAGAGCGGAAAUGCCCUCGCGAGCAUCAUAUUUGGAGAGGAAAACCCGAGCGGCAAGCUCCCAUAUACUAUUGGCAAAUCUCUCAGCGAUUACGGAGAAGGUGGACAAAUCAUGUAUUUGCCAAACGGAGCUGUCCCGCAGCAAGAUUUUAACGAAGGCCUGUACAUCGACUAUAGACACUUUGACAAGUAUAACAUCGAGCCGCGUUACGAAUUUGGAUUCGGACUUUCAUAUACGAGGUUUGAUUACAACAAUAUCCAAGUUACGGGGACCAAACCGAAAUCACCUCUGCCAGAUGAGCGACCACCACCUGAGGUCCAGCCACCGCAGUUUGACUCCACCAUUCCUGAUGCUAAAGAAGCGUUGUACCCAACGGGUAUUCGCAAACUAAAGAAGUACAUCUACCCGUACAUCGAAUCUGUUGAUGACAUUAAGAAGGGCAAGUAUCCUUAUCCCGACGGCUACGAUGCUCAACAACCCCUAUCCGGCGCAGGCGGUGGCGAAGGCGGCAAUCCAUCACUAUGGGAACCCCUCGUAACUGUGGCUGUCCAAGUGACCAACUCAGGGCAGCGUGGCGGCAAAGCCGUCCCUCAGCUCUAUCUCUCGUACCCCGAAUCGGACACGAUUGACUUCCCCGUCAGGGUUCUGCGCGGAUUUGACAAGCUGUUCAUUAAAGAAGGAGAAACGAAGACGGUGGAGUUUGUGCUGACAAGGAGAGAUUUGAGUUAUUGGGAUGUAGAGAGGCAGAAUUGGGUUAUUCCAGAUGGGCAGUUUACGUUUGCGGUUGGCGAGAGUUCAAGGGAUUUGCGAGUGACCGGCACAUGGUGA